GUCGUGCUCACCCCACCUCUUUGCUUGGGCACCAACAGAGAGAGCUCUUUCCAGAGGACCGGACCUCCUCGCCUGGUCCAGAGUGGAGUCCUCGCACCCGGUGCCUGUUAGUUUCGAGAACCUUUCUAGUUGACACUGGUCUGCAGGUGUUCUCUGCUGGUUAGGUUUCUUCCUCGGCUAGGGGGACUGUUGCUACCAGAGGCAUUCUGUGCCUGUGGGCGCUCCAGGUCCCGGGUCUCCAGUCCUGCCGGAAUCGUCCAGGCUUCGCUGACCCUCAACUCUGUCUCUGCUUGUAGUGGGUGCUCCUAGUCGUUUGUUUUUUCCCGGAGUGUGUAGACUAGACAUCUUUGUGACUGCUAAUUGGGAAGGCACUGGUCUCCAGGGAGCGGCUUUGUGUGUGGUGGGAUCCGGGGUCCUCAGCCAUGGCCUUCACUUUCGCUGCUUUCUGCUACAUGCUGUCCCUGGUGCUCUGCGCUGCGCUCAUCUUUUUCGCUAUCUGGCACAUCAUCGCCUUUGAUGAGCUAAGAACGGAUUUCAAGAGUCCCAUAGACCAGUGCAACCCGGUUCAUGCGAGGGAACGGCUGAGGAACAUCGAACGCAUCUGCUUCCUUCUGAGAAAGCUGGUGCUGCCCGAGUACUCUAUCCACAGCCUCUUCUGCAUCAUGUUCCUGUGUGCUCAGGAGUGGCUCACCCUGGGACUCAAUGUUCCUCUGCUUUUCUAUCACUUCUGGAGGUAUUUCCACUGUCCAGCAGAUAGCUCAGAGCUAGCCUACGAUCCACCAGUUGUCAUGAAUGCGGACACCUUGAGCUACUGCCAGAAGGAGGCCUGGUGUAAGCUGGCCUUCUACCUCCUCUCCUUCUUCUACUACCUGUACUGCAUGAUUUACACCUUAGUGAGCUCCUAACUCAGACCCUGCUGAUGGAGAGGCCGGAGCUGGGCACCACUGCGGCUGUGGCUAGAGGAGCACCAGAUGGGGAUGACGGAGAGACCGAAUGAAAGGAACGGGAGUCACACAGCAGUCAGAACCAUGUUACCCACGUGUGUCUGUUUUUGCCUUCGCCUUUCACAUCCCACAUGGGUUGCAGGGCCCCUCUGAGCAUGGGGGUGCCAGCUUGCAGCUGAUGAAACACUCAACCUCUGGAGAUGCCGUUAUUACUUCCUUCAUCCACUUCACUGAGCAGCAGAACUGUGCAAGUUUCACAUGGAGAGCUCGUCUGGAUGGUAGAAAUGAGGCCAGACGCUGGCAGGUGUCGAACAAGGGACAGAAUGGCUCAGGGCCAAGGCCAGAUCUUCAGGGAUGGCUGAGAUCCACAGGGACACCAUGGGCUGCCCAAGACUCUUGUCAUAUUUUUUUUUCCAGAGCUGUGGUCACAUGCUUUGCUCAGUGCAAGGCAGAAAGCUGUGGGGACUGCCCUGAGCCACCUCUCACGUCACUUUUAUGCUCUGUGUCCAAGAGCCUGGGCUGUGGCUUCCUGAGCUGGGUGUGGCAGCAAGCCCUGUCCAGUGUGAACUGGGGAGGGGGAGAAAAUGGAUUUCUAAAAAUGUUUGCAACAUGUCCCAGGUGUGAGUUCUUCACCCUCCCAAGAUGUAUUCUGCCACUGUGCCAAAUAUUCAUCAGAGUCAUUACAUGCCAAUCAGCUGGCUGGCAUGAGCCAAAGCAAAAAACAAAACAAAACAUAACACCAAACCAAACCAAACCAAACCAAACCAAACCAAACCAAACCAAACCCCUCAAAAUAGUGCGAAGCCCAGAAACAGAGAGCUGCUCUGUGUGUGGGUAUGGACAGCCAGAAAGUGAGACAACACAAUUAUCACGUCCACUGAUGCUUCAUGGCCUUUGUGCUGUUCAGUUCAAUGUGGGGACAUUGCUUAUUUAGAAAUUUCCACUUGACUUUUGCUCCUUUGUUGGGUGGGAGUUGCAGGACAGUUGUAAAUACUAACAAGGCUAAGUUUUUAUGAUGCUUAAACUGGGCACAAUGAUUUUAACCUGAUUCCCCAAACUGCCUUGCUUUCUACCAUUACACACAUGCGCGCGUGAGCGCACGCGUGCGCACACACACACACACACACACACACACACACAUACACACACACACUAUUUAUAUAUGUACCGGUUCCCAUCUGAAUUCUGUGACUCAGUUUUUUGAAUGGUGUUUGUGUAACACAUUGUGUGCUAUGUUUAAG